CUCGAUUUGUUGUUCCCUAAUUUGUUGGGGUAGCGGCGUUUAAGCUUUAAAGGAUUUCGAAAAUUUAUUUUAUUGUUUAUAUCAUAAUUACAUAAAAUACAUACAAUUUUACUUGUUAUGAGUGACGACAACUUGAACGAGGGUUUCCAUAAAUGGAAUCCAAUGGAAAAAGACUACAAAAGCGUGGAAUUCAAUCAAUAUUGUACAGGACCUGGAGCCAACCUUGAUUCGUCUUUGCAAUUGGCAAACAAUUACAACAAUGGAAAGGCAACUCCAACGAGGGAUGCUCCAACACCAUACUUGGUAUUUAAAAAUAUGCCACCCAAAAUGAGCAAGACUGCUUUGAGAAAUAUUUGUUCAAAGCAUGGCAGCGUAAAAUCCGUAAGGGAUAGUCAAAAGUGUGAUUACUUCUUUGUUGAUUUCGCGACAGUGGCUGAUAUGGAAGCCACAUUUCGUGCACUGGAGAACAAUAAUUACGGAUUCCAAGUGUUUGUAGGAAGACACAAGAAAAAUCUAACGCCAAUGGAUUAUAACAAAGAAAAUAAUAUAAUAGCCGUACAGCCACGCACAACUGGCAUUGAUUAUCAAAAUCGUACAAUCAGAGUUUCAAGCAAACAACUACCUAGACCAAUAGUUGAACAAAAUCGACAGAUUGAAGAGGACAAAUGUAACGGCUAUCCAGCAGAAAUAUUUAACAAUGAUGCCCACUACUUAGAACGUGAGGACGUAAACGAUCCCAUAAAGCACAGCAAAUUCAAAUAUCAAACAGGUCGUUCCUAUAUACAAAUGUCGGACAACAUAAGGGAGUUCGUAGCAAAGAAAUGCGAGGAAUCCACCGGUAGGUUCUCACCAUCCACCGAAAAAUAUGUUAAUAAACUAAAUGGGUUUGAAAAACCCUCUCAAAUUGGAAAAUGCAAUACUUGCGAACGUGAAUGCGACACAAUUUGUAGCCGUUGUUCGACCCACUACUGCAGUGUGGAAUGCCAAAGAAAUGAUUGGCAGGAACAUCGUUACGUAUGUGGAAAACCAAAGAACUUGCAGAAAAUCUCAUUAGAACACAAAAAAUCUCAAGCAACAAUUACACAAUCAAAGCCAAGUGCUGUAGAAUGCUCGAAAACAUUAAAUUCCCCAAACAAGAACACAACAGAAAGUUAUUGCAAUCCUCAAAUUCCUAGGAGUGGUAAUAUUGUUACAAUAACUUCUAUAAGUAAAACAAACAUUGUAUUUAUUCGAGCCAAGACGUAUGAAGAUAAUAUGAGUUAUUUUAAAACAAUUGAUGGCAUACAAGCUUUAGGGAAAAAAUUAAAACCCCUAAAAGAUAAACCAAAGUGUGGCAAUGUUGUUAUUGCUAAAUUUGGUGAUCAAUACAAUCGAGCACUUGUACUGAAUUCCGAUAAUUCUGAAAAAAUAUUUGUUAAUUAUAUGGACUAUGGCAAUUUGGAUAACUUAAGACUGGAGGAUUUGUAUGAAGCCCCAAUCGAAUUUUCUGAAAAACCAAGGCAUGCGUUGCCAGUAAUACUUAAGGAUGUUCCAGAUUGCUAUAUGACCGAACAGAUAAGGAAUUUUAUGUAUUCUUAUCUAAAUGGCAUUAAUGUUUGUAUAAAAUACAAACCAGAGGAUUACCAGCAGGAAAAGGGUGUUUAUCAGGUGGAACUUAUCGAUGAGACGACACAACAGAAUUUAAACAAAAUGAUUGUAAAAUUGUCUAAGCCUACAGAACCACAGUCAACCAAUGAAAUUUGCUAUAUAGAGUACCUCCAACAGAAACAUUUACCCAGUGGUGAAAAUAUCGAAUUAAUUGUAAUGGACAAUUCAUCAAUGAGUACCGGAUGUAUAUCUUGUACCACAAAGCCCUAUGCAGUGGAGAUCCAGAAGUUCCAGAAGGAAUUGCAAAAAUAUGUGGAAAUGAUACCAAAAGAAGGAUAUGCGCCGAGACAAGAUGAACUUUGUAUUGUAAAAUACAACGAAGAUGGUCUUUGGUAUCGAGGACGUUGCUUGGAAGUGGUGGGAGAUGGAUAUCCCACAAUUCUAUUCAUUGAUUACGGUAAUGUGUCAAUAGUUCACAUCGAUGACAUUCGACGCUACCCAACACAGUUUACUUAUCCAAUCUAUACAGCAGACUGUGAAAUUGAAGGAUUGCCGGAAUCCUGCAAUGAAGAAAUUGUGGCUAAACUUGAAGAACUUAUACCUCAUGGCAGCAUUGUGAAGUGCAAUCGCGUCAAAGCAUUUUCUGAUGAUCAUUUUUAUUCCAUUUCAUUGCCAGAUGUUAUUCAAAGAUUAUCCAAAUGUGGUUUGCUGUAAUUGAACAAUAUUUGAAUAAGUAAUCCUAAUGUUUAAUAUUUUAACGAUCGUGCACGUUUCCAAUAUUCGUUUGUAUAAUAAUUUUUAGUACUGAGAGCAUUAAAUGUGCGACUCGUAAAUCUGGGUUUUAAAUUUUAUACAAUAUGCCAAUUUAUCAAUUGUAUGAAGGCUUGUUUUAAACAAAUGACAACAUUAUUAAGAAUAAGAUAAAUUAGUUAUUUUACAAAAGAAUUAUGAAUCUUCAAUUAAAUUGCUAAGGAAUCCUUAUGACUCAUCCUAGAUCAUUGAAGAAAGUUAAUUAAUUAAUAUUUUAUUAAAUGCGAUUCAUUGCGCUGUUUUGCAAUAUUUUCCCUCUAUCCUACGAUGAGAAAAUCUUCGGUCGGAAUUGUGGCGGAAACUUUAGAAUAGUGGACCUGUAAUAUAUAUAUAGGGUGAGUCUUAGUCUCAUACGGCUGGAUAACUGCCAUCUAAUGUACAAUUAUGCCGAAAUGUGUCGUGCGCACCAAAUUUUAAA